GUGACCGCCGAGCCGGCCGGGGCGCGCCGCGGGCUGAUGGCCGUGCGGACGGGGCUGCAGAAAGCACGCGACGGUAACCAGGAUGCUGCGAGGCCAGAGCGCGGUGCUCCAGGCCUUGCUGGGGACCUUCUUCACCUGGGGGAUGACAGCGGCUGGGGCGGCCCUGGUGUUCAUCUUCUCUAGUGGACAGAGGCGGAUCUUGGAUGGAAGUCUGGGCUUUGCUGCCGGGGUCAUGCUAGCAGCUUCCUAUUGGUCCCUGCUGGCCCCUGCGGUCGAGAUGGCCAUGUCCUCCGGAGGCUUUGGUGCCUUUGCAUUCCUGCCUGUCGCUGUCGGCUUCACCCUGGGAGCUGCUUUCGUCUACCUGGCUGACCUGCUGAUGCCUCACCUGGGUGCAGCGGAAGACCCCCAGACGGCCUUGGCCCUGAGCUUCGACCCCAAGCUGGUGAAGAAAUCGGACACCGAGGGCCCCUCGCUGCUCUUCCCCGAGAGAGAACUUUCCAUCCGGAUAGGUAGAGCUGGGCUUCUUCCAGACAAGAGUGAGAAUGGCGAGGCAUACCAGAGGAGGCGGGCGGGCGGCCUCUCAGAAGGCCCUGUGCCCGCCGGGCCCUCCCGAGGGAGCCCCGGGCAGCCCGCAGGCGGUAGCUGGAGGAGAAUCACGCUGCUCAUCCUGGCCAUCACCAUCCACAACGUGCCAGAGGGUCUUGCUGUUGGUGUUGGAUUUGGGGCCAUAGAGAAGACGGCGUCUGCCACCUUUGAGAGUGCCAGGAAUUUAGCCCUUGGCAUCGGGAUCCAGAACUUCCCAGAGGGGCUCGCAGUCAGCCUGCCUUUGCGUGGGGCUGGCUUCUCCACCUGGAGGGCCUUCUGGUACGGGCAGCUCAGUGGCAUGGUGGAGCCCCUGGCUGGCCUCUUCGGAGCCUUUGCAGUGGUGCUCGCAGAGCCCAUCCUGCCCUACGCCCUGGCCUUUGCCGCUGGCGCCAUGGUCUACGUGGUCAUGGACGACAUCAUCCCGGAAGCCCAGACUUGUGGGAAUGGGAAGCUGGCGUCCUGGGCCUCCAUCCUGGGCUUCGUGGUGAUGAUGUCCUUGGACGUCGGCCUGGGCUAGCCCUGCAGCAACACCUCAGACUCCAGGAGAGGCAGUGCUUGGAGCAGCAGCAGCGAUUGGCUCCCGUGGAACCACAGUCCUCUCUCGUCCCAUUAAAAUGCUCCUUUCUCGCCUCGUCAUCUUAUGAUCCUGACUGAUCCGGACGGUGACGUGGCCCCCUCAUGCUUUUCCGGUUUCAUUUGGGGUUUUCGGGGUCUCAUGGAAUAAUGGAUCUUCGUGUGGGCCACUGGGAUGGGUGGAAUUCUGCCCCUCGCCCCGCCCUCCAAAUCACAUCCGAGUCUCUGCCAGGGGCUGUCAUCCCGUUCGGGCCUGGGCUGCCUCUGCUCAUGGGAAGGAAGCAAGAGAUCAAACGGGGUGGGCUCAGAGGAGAGAUAGGGGGUGGUAGGUGCCAAGGCAGGUGGAGAGCUCGAGGGACCAUGAAGCUGGACUGAAGACACAAGGGCAUUUCUUCUGAACUGUGAGAAACAAAUCACCUGUCUGAUAAAACCUGCUGCCUCCAGUCGCAUGAGACACCUUAGAUAGCGACCCUUCUUCAGUGGGGUCCUCGGGGGCGCUAGGAUCCUGGGGAUCCCUGCUUUCCUACCUUCUGUCUCUCCAGCCAGACUCAACAGCGACUCCUUGGGGGCUUUCAGUGGGAGCAAGCUGCCAAGAGAGGUCUCUGAAGCUCUUCCUGCCCAAGGACACAGAGCAGGACUGGCAGGACGCCUCCUGUCUGUCCCUCCUGCUGAUCCUCGGUGCUUUAGACCGACUGGACCAUCAGGGAUGGAACAAAAGGCUUCCCAAGGCCCGGCCAAGCCAAGAAACCACAUACUCUCCACUGCUUGCCCAGCCCUCUGGGUCCCGACAAAGUGGGGUUCUCACUCUCGAAGCAGGGAUUGGUAUGACUGAGCUAAAGGGAAUUGGGACAAGUCGACACACAGCCAGGCUGUGGGUCAGAGCACCAACCUCAGCCCUCUUUGGGUGGGAACGGGGAUCGCACAGCAUCGUGGUCUGUGAAGGGUUCUGAAUCCCCCAGGCAUUUAUUUGAUCAAGGGUCUAACUGUCGCCUUCAUUUCUGUAAGCGGCUUGGGGACACCAGUCAACCACCCUGACGCAAGCCCUUCUUGCCACCAUGGCGGUAGCGACUUUUAACGGGAGACUUUGGGGUCUGCCUGGGUCUCCCCUCUGAGGAGGUAAUUUGUCACCUGACCUGGGAACAGGUAAGCUGCGGGAGGCCUUUGCAGGUGUUUGGCCCGAGCCCUCAGGAAGGGGUUAGGAGAGAGAGAGAUGAAUCCGUUUCCCUCUUUCAAAUACAUCGUAGCCGAGUCAGCAUCCUGAAAUAGCCAGAGAGAUCGAUGCGGAUGAGACCGCAAGCCAGCCUGCUCUCUGACACACUGGCUUUUGUCUGCUUUGAACACAGUGAAGGACUGAGAGGCCUGUAGCCCAGAGUUGGGUGUCUUGACGCUGCUUGUCCAACGCCUGCCCUCCAUGUUUACAUGCUCGGUGACGUCCAAGGAUGAGCCUCCUGCUCUGUACAUGCCCUCUGCCCUCUUGGAUCUGUGACUGUUCCUCCCAAGCAUUGACGAUCAACUUGGACCCCGCGGCCGGGGCUUUGGUGGCCCACGAGUCACUCGGUCUGGAGGGUGGUGUGUCUGCGUGUGUUUCCUUUUUAAUGUCUCUGUAGUUCUACAUAAUGCAAAUGGACAAGACCUCAUAACUGUGAUUAAUAUCAAUAAAGGAGCUAUUGUUCUUUGUGA